AUGAAUCCUCGCCGCAAAGAACGAAAGGAGUCCCUGGGACCCUACGAUCGAGAGCAGCCUCAGCAACGUUACGCCUUCCCGACCCAAUCCAGCCAACCUUAUCCGAAUCAUACCACAAAUGCCAACAUGACUGGAAGUAGUCCCCACUCCGCCAACUUUCCUCGCGCCACCUCUCCGUCUGGGUUCACGGGACUAUUCACCAAGCCAGCGAAAUGGUUCUCCAGGUCUCGCGAACCUCAUAUCUCUACCUCGAGCAACAAUACCGAGCCGCGGUCGAGCACGAGCUCUGUUCAGCCCCAGAGAAGACCCCUUAUCUCGCAACCGACAGAUCCUCGGCCCCUUUUGCCUUCGCUACAGAGCGAGCCAUACAUGCAGUCCCCCCGCGUAGGAAGCAGAUCAGUUUUAGAUCUCUCUCUGGCGAGAACCCAUACGGCUAUAGACCAACAUCACCCGUACCCUUCACCAUCAUCUGGCUCUCCCAACCGAGUCAAGGGUAGUGCAGGUCUUGGAGAUCUCCGUUCUCUUUCUCUCAAACCGUGGUCUAGGUCUGCAGACGAGCUUGGGACGUUUGGAAGUGUGUCCGCGCCAACUUCUCCUGCCUCACCCGAAUUUCAAGAUAGAGUCGACCGAUAUCGUGGAACGCCCGUAUCUCCUCCCCGCAAGAACUCCGCACCUAAUAUCUCCUUGACGUCGACUCCGCUCUCGACUUCUCCCCCGUCGUCGUCCCCGGGUUCACUAAGUCCAUUGGCUAACGCAUCGUCACAGCAUAGCCCUACUUCACUUCCAACUGGCGCUCCCCAAGUUCACGCUCGUUCGCACUCUUUCACGCCCAAGCUUCCCUCCAAACUCGCGCCUGUGAAAGGAAACUCACCCAUUCCCAUGCGGAAACAACUGAGCGGCUCUUCCGAGAAAGAGGGCGAUGCUAAGGAGAGGGAGAGGAACCCUAUGUUCGCAGGCCGUGGCGCUUUUCCGUUCACCUUCGGUACUGGAGGCGGUCGGUCACCUGGGGAGUCGACAUUACUUCCUCCACCUACUAUCGUCGAGCCAGGAGAUAGCAGCGAGAUGAACGAGAAGCGCUCGUCCCAGAUCACGUACCAAUCUGGCUUCGUCAACCGCUUCCCGGACUUCUCGCCACCUGCGCCACAUCUCAGUACGUACGCCUUUGCGCCACAGAGCUUGGCGAAGGGUUGGAAACCGUUCAAAUUGGUGUUGAGGGGGACGAAGCUGCAUUUCUAUAAGCCUCCGAGUGAUAGGACAACUGCGGUGAAAGAGCUGUUCCCGACGGAAAUUAUCAUGGUGGAGGAGGAGGCUGAGGGGACUGAGGAUGUGUCGGCGACGGCCAGUCUGCUCGAGACCGAGAAGAAGUCGGAUAGUGGGAGGUCGGUUUCCGGAUCUGGGUCAGGGAGACGGAAAAGGGCGUUCUGGGGCAGGCGGAGGCACCCGGACUUGGUGGUGAAUGCUGAGAAUGAGGUUCAGAAGGGUUCUUUGGAGGCGCUCGUCCACGAAGCCGUGUUCGGAACCUUGUUCAGGCCGCAGGAGGGCUCGACAAUAGGAGAGCGAAGGGCGGAUUGGCAGGCAUUCGCUUCCAUGAUUCUGUUCGGGAUGCCGGAGCUCGUCGGUUCCGUAAAGUUCGAGCUGGAGCUGAUCCGGUGUUGUACGUUCUUUAUAAACGGGUCGGAUGAGGCAACGAGGGAGGAGGAAAGGGAGAACGUGAUAUGGCUCGCGGGAGAAUACCUCAGGUUUCACGGCAAUCCAGCAGAACCGUCAGCUUGGGAGGAUUUCCGAAAGGACACGAUACCGACAUUUUCGAUGGCACAGUCUCAAUCCGAAUCACCUACGCUUACGGCCUCCUCUUCGACGUUUGCUAUGUUCGCUCGGUCGCCAGCAGUCGGUAUGCAGGACUCCUCGUCGCCCAAUGCCCUGUCGCCCAAUGUCAAUACGUUCUCGCCGAGGCCGGGCGAUGCUGUCAACACGGUCUCACUGACGGAGGCUCUAAUAACCACUCAACCUUAUCGGCCAGCACUGAUAUCGUCACCUACCCAGAGCUCCCUGGAUUACCGACCCCGACCAUCUACCUCGACGAACCUUACGACCUUAACAAACAAGGAGCUAGUGUGGAACGUGCUCGAGCGAGAAGGCUUCACGAAGGACGUCCUCAUCCGGCUUCACCCAGCGCUCAUCUCGAACAGUCUGCUCAUCUUCAACCGUAGCCUGCUCUCCCUUCUUCCCGACAACCUCACGGCAGAGUUCGUCUUCUCAUCGGAUGGUUCAUCUACGUCCAAGUCACCUGCCGUGGACGCCAGCGGCCCACAUGGCGAGCCAAAAGCAUCUCCGCCGCCACCACCAUUUUUCGGUAGCGAUGACCGACCGCACUGGUUGACGAAGCUGGUUCUCCUACAUAUCCUUGGCCCCGACACGAGUGCCUCAUUUUCGACUCGCUCCCCUGAAGAAUAUGUACCCCAAACAUCGCGGACGCAUACCCGUGCGGAGGUCAUAUCCGCCUGGACCCGUGUUGCUGAACUGUCUCGCUCUGUAGGAGACGAAUGCUCAUGGCGUGCAAUCCGAGCUGCUCUCUGCUCACGCCCUGUAGCCCGGCUUGACAAGGCUUGGAGGCGCGUUGACCCUGCUGCGUUGAAUCUUGUCGAGCAGUGGGUAGUGCAAGGUGAGGGCCAGAGCACAGUCGACACGAGGGCGAUUCCAUGGGGAGGCGAUACGAGGGAGCGAAUUCGGACGGCAUUGGAGAGAGCAAAGAUAGGGGAAGAAGGGUCGACAGAGUGGGCUGUUAGUGGUCUGAAGGAGGCUAGAGAUGUGUUCGAGGGUUUCAGGACUAAUUUCUCGCUUUGUCCGAGGAAGGUGGACCCAUCGGCUGAGGAGAAGGGAGAGGAGAUCAGUACGCUCAUACGCGGGUGGCAGGAGCUAUAUUCGACGGGUGGUGGGAUUGGGAGUAUCGCUUCUCAAUUUCAACAUGUCGAUCAGUUCAUGUCGCUAUCACUGGCUGCCGAGUCUCGACACAAAGGUCUCUACGAAACACAAUUCUGGACUCGAGCUUCCUCAUCAACGGGACCAACCCUUCAAUAUUUGGCCCCAUUACUGUUCCCGGAACCUCUUCCCGCUAUUUCGUUCAUCAAUCGCGGUGACGUCCUUCGGAUCCGCGCAGACGGUGGCCCAUCUCAAGCACAGCUCAAUGUACAAGAACUCCAGUUUUUACGCAAAGCAUCUGGCAAUCCACGGCUCAGCCUGAGUUCGACACGCGGGAAGGAAUCGUUCAGUUUCCCGGAGCUUGGGGGAACCGUGAUCCCGCUGUUCAACGGCGAGCUCUUCUGCCUCGUCCAACCAGGUGGUAGCGAGAGGUCACUAUCCCGACCCUCAUCUCGUGCCCAUUCGCGGCCGCCAGGUUCAAGACCACCCAGCGGUAUCAUCGAGAAUGGUUUACCCUCGGAAAAGCCCAUCGGUCGAGUACCGUCGAUCCGGGUGAAGUCUGGGGCAUCAUCAGGGCUUGACCGGAAGGCCAGUCUGGCGCGUCGGAAUUCGUUACCCACGCUCUCUCAGAGGAGCAGCGUCGUUAUUCCGGAGCACCCACCGGAUAGUGUGGUACGCGUCGUUAUACAGGCCGGGACGAUGGAUCGUUUGGUGGAGGUUCUCGCGCAUGGUUUACCUGGCGUCACGGUGUCAAUCGCGGACGAUAAUGGAGAGAUGCCGCUGAGGGAGGGCAAGCAGAGAGAGAUCAGGAUGGACAAGGCGGAGUUCUCAUUGGUGUGGUGGAAGGUGUUCAGGAGUUUCAUCACGCCAGCAAACUUCUUCGAGGCCCUUCAGAAACGGUUUACAAAAGCCAGGAGUAACUCUUUCGACCUCGCCCAAGCUGCUACGGUCCGUGAAGAGAUUCUGGAUGUUAUUGGCGACUGGCUACAGAACGGCGGAGGUGCACAAGACAUCUUGGACAAUACAACACUUUACCAUGCUGUCGAAUCCUUCCUGACCGGCGCCACUGACCUCAUCAAGCCACGAACGCCGUUGAAGGACGAUGCCAACGCCACUCAAGCAUACGUCAGCCUCAAGGAGACCCUCGCCACUUUGACUGCUCUCUUUCUAUCUCAGACCAUGCGGCCAUCUGUACGCCCUCUGUUCUCGCAGGAGACUGGUCCUACCACAACGGAAUCCCAAAACUUCGGCCCCGAUGCUCCUGACCUCGACGCUAUCCAACCAGAGGCGUUGGUCAACAACCUGGACGCUAUGGCCGCAGCUGCUUUCCGCAAUAUCACCGAAGAGGAUUUGUUCAUUGCUGCUGAUCUCCUCGAAGUCCAGGCCGCCGAUCGUCUCGGGUGGCUUACCGGGCGAGAAGGCAGUACUACCAGCGACGAUGUCGACCUUCAGACGAUAUACUCGCAUCUAACGGAGAUCGAACCGUCUAGCCUCAUCGCUGAGAUCACACAAGAAUCCCUGUUCCGGCUACUUCCUCCCGGCAUUCGCAGCUGCCUUCGUGCUCACCAUGUCCUCCGAAAAUGGGUCAUAUCGAAACUCGUAGCCCCGCGCCUUGGCCUCCAGGCUCGACAAUUCCGUAUGGAGCUUAUACUUCAGGCCAUAGAGAUAUGCCGGAAUAGGAGCACCUCUUCAUCAUCCACCCUGCCGCUCUCCGAACGCCCUUGUGUCCGCUCCUUCGUCGAAGGUGUGUUGACAUCUGCAAUUGUCAGCGUGGAGAGUCGAGCACAUCAACGAGCGUGGUUAAACGUGGCGAACAAUCGACGGGUCACAUUUGAUAGCGUCGUCUCGCUCUUAUCGAACCCCGUCUGUCUACCAUCACCGGUCAAACGCCCUCUGACGACGGACAUCGGUUGGACCCUGGAACGCCUGCUUGAAAUGAUCAGUCUCCCUGAUACUCUCCAGCCGCCUGUGCCAGAAGGGGAGCUACUUGUCAGCUUCGAGAAGCGGAGACACAUUUGCUACCUUAUCACCAGCUUCCCUUCGUUCUACACGACGUUGCGGAAUCCUGGGGGACGGGAUGUCGACCUACGGGAUUUCGAACGGCUCAGCAACAUCGAGAAGGAAGUGCAUGCUGUCCACUUGGAUCUUCGCGCCAUCAAGGACGACGCCUAUCGCGAAGCAAUUCAGAUUCAACCAAACAAACGCGUCCAACGGCCGUUCCAGAAACUGAUUUCUCUGCAACACGAGAAGAAUAAGCGGGAUCGGACCCUACGAGAUCGCUUUACGAAGGAACGCAAGAUGGAGCAGCUACGGAAUGACAGACGGGACGAUUACUUUUCCAAGGCUAUUCCCUCACGGAGACCGUCUGCCGGAACCAAGCAGCAUCGACCAAAGAAGAGUUCGGGUACCUUUUUCCAGCAGCUCAUGCGUCCUAUCUCCAGCGCAUUUUCAUUGGACAACGUUGAUACGGGCACUGGGGAGAAGCGUACCGCCGCUGAGCUCGACUUCGUGCCUUCUGGGAAGCCAGCUUUGGUUCUCAGUGUGGCCGAAGCAAAGGUGACGCAGUACAUGAACUACGAGCGCUCGUUCACGUUCCAGCUGGACACGGAGGAUGGAGGCAACUACCUUCUCCAAACGGCGACCAGGGCGGAGAUGCUGAAAUGGAUUCAGACCAUUGACCGAGUCUCGAAGACUGCAGCGAAGCGGAGGCUGACGUACCUCGGGAACUCCCCAAAACCUCAGCUUUCGGACCACAUUCAAGACCGGUCAAACGUUGGGGCAAGGGAUCCAAACGCUGUUUUCGGUGUCGAUCUCGAGUUCUUGCUGAAGCGGGAAGCGCCAGACGGCGUUGUGAUCCCUGGCGCUCUCCCCUCAAUGAUCGAGAAUUGCCUCGCCAUCGUCGAACGCCGUGGUUUGAGUGAAGUCGGCAUUUACCGCAUAGCCGGUGCGAACUCAGAGGUUAAGGAGCUCAAAGACGCUCUCAACCGAGGUGAAUGGCCGAUCACCGAGUCAACAGAUAUCUAUGCUGUUUGCGACCUCAUCAAAUCAUGGUUCCGUGUACUACCCGAACCAGUCUUCCCACCUUACUCCUACCACGAUGUCAUUGAGGCCAUGAAAAUCGAAGAUUUCAAUGCUCGGCUCGAGAGGAUAAGGACAGUUGUCCAAGCCCUUCCGACACACAAUUUCUAUUUGCUAAAGCGUGUAGUCGAACACCUUGACAAAGUCACCGAUUAUGAGGAACACAAUCAGAUGACGUCGGACGCGUUAGCUAUUGUGUUCAGCCCGAACCUUCUGCGCGCCCCUCAUAACGACUUUGUCAUGAUUAUGGCUAACAUGCCAUACACGAACAAGCUUGUGAAGGCACUAGUCACCCAUUUCCAUACCAUAUUUGACGAGGCAGACCCAGAGGCUGAAGUCGAUCAGGAGGAAGACGAAGAAGACGACUUCGACGACCCUAUACCCGAGGAGGAAGAGGAGCUCGAAACAGAAUUCAUGCCCUCUCCGUCCACCAGUUACCCCGAUACUCAAAAUUCAGUUACCCCGCCUAAUGCAUAA